CCCGCUGAGGCAGAGCCUCUAAUGUUUACUUCCGGUGUGAGCGGCUGCCUGACAAACGAGGGAAAGUUUAAACAAAAUAUCACGUUUUACAAAACACGAAUGCAAUGUCAAAUAAAACGUGUCAGCCGCUUUCUUUAGCGGAUAGGUGGAUUCGAGAAAACAACGAGAUAGUGAACAAAUUUAAGGAGCAAGAGGGAGGACGAGGCGCCUCGAGUCAAGACCACAACCAGACCCACCUGAGACUGUGUUCCUCGGAGUUUCACAAGCUUUUAAUGAAAAUACAAGCAGGUAUCCCCCCUCACGAGGAGCACGCUCAGUUGGAGCUGGCCGUGGUGUUCAACGCCUGCGUGUGCUCGACUGCUCUGUCUCAGUUUUCAGAAGCUGAGCUGCUCCUCACAAAAGCCACACAGAGAGUUCUACAGAUGACAGGAGGUGACCCUGGUACUUCAGAGCCACUUGUGUGCUGGAGAGCAGUUCUCAAAUCGGUGGGAAACACAGCUCUGCAUACUUGUGUGUUGACUCUUCUCUGUCUGCAGUGGGCGAUAUGGCUGGCCACCUGCCAGCUGAAAACUAUACAGCAAUUUCAGGAGGAGAUUUCAUCUCUGUCUGAGACGCUAUGUGAUGGAGUUCGGGAUGGCAACAGGAACGAAGCAAAGAGAAAAUUAUCAAUCUUUCCACUAUUGGUGAUGGACACAAGAAGGCUAUUUGAAUUGUUGCAGAUCUGCACUGCCAUUGUCCAGGGCGUGGAAAAGCUGAAUGAGGGUCAGAGUUCAGAGGCGCUCUGUGAUCUGCAAGCAGCUUCCACCCUGCCAGCUCCCAGAGCUCUAGUAGCAUACACACACCUCCUCUCUGGCUCCUGCCUUGCUCAUAUGACCCGCCCUCAGAUGGCCCUGCAGUGUUACAGGAAAGCACUGGAGACGGACUCCCGUUGUGUGUGUGCCCUCUACCAGAGCAUGCUCACUUACAGGCAGCUGGGAAACACGCAGGCAGAGAUACAAGCUCUUCGCUUACUGCACUCAACUUUGAUGUUGCCCCCCGCUACAGAGUCUACACUGGCUGGUUCCCAUCCCCUCUCCCCGUCCUUACUCCUCAGCAGCCAAUCACUGAGCAGCCUGCUUUCAGUUCCGUCUACCCUCAGUGUCCUUCACAGUUUGGCCCUCAAAUGUGUCCGCCAUGGCAGGGUGCCAGAGGGGGUCGAACAUUAUCUGGACCUGCUGGCUGCUCUUCACUCAGAAGAUCAACAUGAAGUGCGUGCAGAGGCCUCGACCCUCCCCAGGUUACCAGAGCUUUACCUGGAGGCUGGCACUGCCUUGCUCAUGGCUCGGCGGCCUGCAGAUUGCGUGGCACUCUGCAAUGAAGUCAUCAGCUCGACACUGGAGCUGCUGCCAGAGAAAGUGGUGCUGGAGGAGCCGGAGGAGCGUAGUGGGGCUGAGUCUAUGGAUGCGAGUGCAGGUGGUGAAGAUAGGGUGGAGGUACUUCUCUGGGCAGCAGCUGCCUACCUCCUCCAAGGUCACUGCCAUGCUCACCUGAAGGACUGGAAACAAUCUGUGACUCACUACACAAGGUGUAUCAACCUGCUGGUGAAGGUACGCUUUAAAAGGAGUGGUUUCCAACCGCAGAUCCCCAGUGCAGAUGUGUAUGUGAAACGGGGAGGAAAUCUCUGUAUCCUCCAAAGACUGAAGGGGCUUUCACUCGCUGGUAGAGGCAUCAGCUUCACCCAGACAGACCAGCUGAAAGAGGCGCUGAGAGACCUCCAGCUAAGCCUGCAGGCCUUCCCAGAGAGUGUGGGUGCUGGGCUGUGGAGCGGUGAGGUGCUGUGGAGGCUUGGCAGGAAGCAGGAGGCGGCAGCUUGUUGGAGAAAAACCUGGAGCCUGGCCACUGAUUCCUUAGUAAAGAGUCUCCCUCUGUACUUACAGGAACCUCAGUCUGGUCCUUUGUUGGACUCCACCGAUCUGCGCUGCAGAAUCCAGGACCUUAGUCCUAUGUAGUCAGCUCACCAACAAAAGAAGUAUGCCCUGACACUUAAUGAAUGGGAUCAACUUUCUCCAGCCUGUGAAAUGAAAACCACACCCACAACAUGUAUCAACUAGGACAGUCAAAUAAAGCAUAUUGUGUAUAAUGUAUUUUAUUUAUGAAAUGCAAAAAAAAGAAAAUAA